CCCGCGCUCGGCCCCGCGGCGGCGGGAGGAGCGGCCAUGCCGCCGCGGCGCAGCAUCGUGGAGGUGAAGGUGCUGGACGUGCAGAAGCGGCGGGUACCCAACAAGCAUUAUGUCUACAUCAUCCGGGUCACCUGGUCCAGUGGCUCCACUGAGGCCAUUUACCGGCGCUACAGCAAGUUCUUUGACCUCCAGAUGCAAAUGUUGGACAAAUUUCCUAUGGAAGGAGGACAGAAGGACCCCAAACAGCGGAUCAUUCCCUUUCUGCCAGGCAAAAUUCUCUUCCGGCGAAGCCACAUUCGGGACGUGGCCGUCAAACGACUGAUACCAAUUGAUGAGUACUGUAAGGCCCUGAUCCAGCUGCCCCCCUAUAUCUCUCAGUGUGAUGAGGUGCUGCAGUUCUUUGAGACAAGACCCGAGGACCUGAAUCCCCCCAAAGAGGAGCACAUUGGAAAGAAGAAAUCUGGGGGCGACCUGACCUCGGUGGACCCCUUGGUCCUGGAGCAGUACGUGGUAGUGGCAGACUACCAGAAGCAGGAGAGCUCAGAGAUCAGCCUCAGCGUGGGGCAGGUGGUGGACAUCAUCGAGAAGAACGAGUCAGGUUGGUGGUUCGUCAGCACCGCGGAGGAGCAAGGCUGGGUCCCUGCGACCUGCCUCGAAGGGCAGGAUGGUGUGCAGGAUGAGUUUUCCUUACAGCCUGAAGAAGAGGAGAAGUACACAGUCAUCUACCCGUACACAGCCCGCGAUCAAGACGAAAUGAACCUGGAGAGAGGGGCCAUGGUAGAGGUCAUCCAGAAAAACUUGGAAGGCUGGUGGAAGAUCAGGUACCAAGGCAAAGAGGGCUGGGCCCCAGCCUCCUACCUAAAGAAGAGCAGUGGGGAGCCCUUACCCCCAAAGCUGGGUCCUGGCUUCCCAGCCCACUCGGGCGCCCUCGACCUGGAUGGCAUUUCCCGGCAGCAGAACGCAGUGGGCAGGGAGAAGGAGCUGCUCAACAACCAGAGGGACGGCCGAUUCGAGGGCCGCCUGGCCCCCGAUGGUGACGUGAAACACAGAUCGCCAAAGAGGAGGCAGAGACCCCCUCCUCGCCGGGACAUGACCAUACCUCGAGGUCUGAACCUACCGAAACCUCCCAUCCCACCCCAAGUAGAGGAAGAAUAUUACACCAUUGCCGAAUUCCAGACGACCAUCCCUGAUGGCAUCAGCUUCCAGGCAGGCAUGAAGGUCGAGGUGAUCGAGAAGAAUUUGAGUGGCUGGUGGUACAUUCAGAUUGAAGAUAAGGAAGGAUGGGCCCCAGCCACCUUCAUCGACAAGUACAAGAAAACAAGCAACGCCUCAAGACCCAACUUUCUGGCUCCCCUGCCCAAUGAGGUGACCCAGCUCCGGCUUGGAGACACAGCAGCAGUGGAGAACAGCACAGGCAGUGAAGCUGUGGGCCCCUCACGGCCCCUGCCUGAUGCACCUCAUGGUGGUGUAGACUCUGGGAUGCCGUGGUCCAAGGAUUGGAAGGGCAGCAAGGAGGUCCUGAGGAAGGCACCUACAGAUACGUCUGCAUCCGCAGGCUAUGAGGAGAUCUCAGACCCUGACCUGGAGGAGAAGCCCAGCCUUCCUCCCCGGAAAGAGUCCAUCAUCAAGUCCGAAGGGGAGCUUCAGGAGAGAGAGCGGCAGAGGCUGGAGCAGCUCCGGGGCUCUUCACCUAAGCCUCCGGGCAUGAUUUUGCCAAUGAUCCCAGCCAAGCAUGCCCCACCAGCCCGCGACAGCAGAAGACCAGAGCCCAAACCUGACAAAGGCAAAUUGUUCCAGCUGAAAAAUGAGAUGGGACUGGAGUGUGGCCACAAGGUGUUGGCCAAGGAAGUGAAGAAGCCCAACCUCCGACCCAUCUCCAAGGCCAAAGCUGACCCACCAGAGGAGAAGCCAGAAGCUAUUCCCCAGAAUCCCUUCUUGAAGUCCAAACCUCAGGUUAGGCCAAAACCAGCUCCUUCGCCCAGGACAGAGCCACCUCAGGGUGAAGACCAAGUGGACAUCUGUAACCUCAGGAGUAAGCUCAGGCCUGCCAAGUCCCAAGAGAGAGCCUUGUUGGAUGGGGAGAGCCACCAGGCUGUGGGGGGCCCAGACCUGGCCUUGAGCCGCAGCUUCCUCCCAGGGGAGGGGCCCGGACGCACCCAGGAGAGGAUCGCCAAACAGGACGGGCUCGGCCCUAAGGAGAUGGCCUCCAGGGCCCCUCCCUGGCCAGCCAAGACAGGAGAGCCUGUGCCCAAGAGUGUCCCCAUCCCUCUCCAGGAGGCCUCCCAGCAGAGGCCUGUGGUACCACCCCGGAGACCACCACCACCCAAGAAAGCCUCCGCAUCACCCAGGCCCCUCCCAGAGGUCAGAGAACCACAGCGUGAGGCCAAUGAAGGCAAAGCAGCUUCUGUUCCCGGACGGGCCCUGCUCGUCCCUCCAAAAGCCAGGCCUUUUCUCUCCAACUCCUCAGGAGGCCAAGAUGACGUGAGAGGCAAAGGCGCGCCGGGGCCACGGAUGGCAGGCAAGAUCGGAGAAAGGGAGAAAGUGACUGCGGCCACCUUCCCCAGCACCGAUGUCCCAAAGGACUCUUUGUAUGUGGCUGUGGCCAACUUUGAAGGCGACGAAGAUACUAGCAGCUUCCAGGAAGGGACUGUGUUCGAAGUCCGAGAAAAGAACAGCAGCGGCUGGUGGUUCUGCCAGGUCCUGAGUGGGGGCCCGUCCUGGGAAGGGUGGAUUCCUUCCAACUAUCUGAGAAAGAAGCCAUAGCCACCUUCUCCCUUCACAGAGGUCCCCUUGGCCCCUGUUGGCUCUACCUACGUAUUUAAGAUGCCUUUUAAUUUAUCAUCCUCCACGCAGCUUCAAAGUAGGGGGUCAGCAGAAAAGAGGAAGACCCUCAAUGAGGUGGAUUGACACAGUGGCUGCAACAAUGAGCUCAAGCAUAACAAUUGUAAGGAUGGUGCAGGACUGGGCAGUGUUUCUGUUGUUCACGGGGUCGCUAUGAGCUGAAACUGACUCGACGGCACCUAACAACAACAAUGCAGCUUCAAAGGCAGGUGGACUCAGGUUUCUUCUCUUCUUCCCAUGCAGAUGGCGGGUGUUUUUCGUGGAGAGUGAGUCUCUGAGACCUCGGAGCAUGGGGUCAGAUCCUUCCCAUUGCAGCAUCACCUGGAGGCUCGGCAACUACCCCUUGCUUUCUACCACAUCAGCAUCCCAGCCUUAAGAGAACUCCUGCUCCCAGCCCAUGGUCUUGCCACCCAGCUUCUCUCCCCUCCCAGUGGCAGGGACAUGACUCUCCAAGACCCCCAACCAGGACCAGAGCCUAUGAUCAGGAGAAGCUCCAGAGAGGGUCUCGUUUCUCUGACAAGGCAUAAUAAGGGGCCACCCUCCCUGACUCCCACCCAGCGCAUGAUCACUUCCUCUACCUUCUCCAUGUCUCUGAAAGCUCAGUGGCUUUAUUCACUAGAUUUCCAAAAGGCCUGGUACGACAAAAGAACUUUGUCCUGUAGAAGUCGGCACUGUUGCCAAUCCCAGGGAAUGUGUUCUCUUCCCUGGAGCCUAUGGGGUUUGGCCGGAGGCAGUCACCCUAGGAGUGGUCACUAGGCUUUCCUGCCACUCGUCUUGGGACCAUUUUGAGUCUUAGAGGGGUGGUUCCUCUCAGCACACCUCACAUUCCUGCUGCAAGUCCAGGCCCACUCCAGGGCUGUUAAAUAAGAAUCACCCCAUGUGGGGCAUUUCACUCUUGUCUACCUAGAGCAAGAAUCUCACUGUUUGUUUGAAUAAGGGGGCCAUUUGCAAGCCAUGCCCCCGUAAGUGCCCCUUUGCAGAGUAGCUAGUACGUGCCAAACACUGGCACUUUCCAAUCAUAGUUUAAUGUAGUGUUAUGCCCAUUUUAUAGAUGAGACUCGGGCGCAGUAUACUCAUGGGCACAGUAGCUGACAAGAGGAGAGGGCAUUUGAACCCAGGUCUCCCUGACUUUGAUGCCUGUGCUCUUCCCCCUGGAAAAGGCAAGCCAGCCAGGGGAAAGAUAGAAGCUGCUGGGCACCCAUAGCACGGUGGCUAAAUGGCUUCCAUGUGUGAGUGAGGGGGCAUUUAUGACUGCUUCCACACCCACCACCCCUCCGUUCACUGCAGCACAUCACUGAAGGCCACCCUGGACUCUGGACACUGCUCCUCUAUGGCGGGGUCUGUCAGGACCCUGAUGGUUGGCACAGAGCCCUGUGCCCUGCUCCUAUGCAGGUGCACCCCUGAGGGAUAGAUCUAGAGCAAGGGGGGCUGAGUGGGUCUCCUCUGCCGGCCUCUUGGGGCCCUGAUGACUCAGGUACAGACAGCUGCAUCUGCAUCAAACUGAGCAAAGAAACCAGUAGUGCUAUCAGGAGACAGGGACCCGGGGCCAGGUGGACACCUCUCCCUCUGUGCCACUACUUCCUUCUCUGGCAUUUGUAGAGUGCCUUUCUGUUUUCAUGCACUCCCCUUUUUUUUACUCAUCGAGAGGAUCCCAGGGCAGCCCUUAACUCCCAUUUCGACAGAUGUGGCUAACUGAGGCGCGUCAAGGCGCAGCUAAGCCAUAGCAGAACUAGAAUGAAGACCUGGGGUUUUUAGCUUCCAGCCUGUAGACCAGGCUACCUGGAGUGAGAGCAGAACCGCUCCCAAGCCCCCGACCCCAUCCUGCAGGGGAAGAUCUCUGUGCUGCCCCAGAGAUCUCUGACUCAGAGUGUCUACCCAUGCAAUGCUUUUGGAGCCACCAGGCCAGCAUUCCUGCGGGUGCGUGCUGUCUACCUGCAGUGCCAAAGAUUUAUGUGCAAAGGGCCCUCUUGGGCCCCCUUGCUGUAAUGGGGGCUCUGGAUGCUUCAGAAGGAGAAAAAUGUUCCACGGAUCCACAGUAGCACCUUUAUUCCCUUCCUCCAUUUGGCCUACAGAUCUCAUCUCCUGGCAAAUCUUGGGGCAGGGCCCUAAGGUACCUCUUGCCCAGAACUUUCGAAUAAGAAGGGAGGCUGGGAGGGAAGACUGUCCACCUAUUCAAGGUCCUCUCUUCUGAUGCCCUGACUCAGGACAAAGCUCCAUAACAUGUUUUCCUGAGUUUUUAAUCCACUUUGCUUUAAGCAGCUUUUGUGAAGCUGUUAUUUAGGAUUUGGCUUCAUUCCAAAGGGCAAAGCUUACUUUUUUUUUUUCUGAUUUGCUUUCUAGUUUUUUCAGCCUUUUGUGAUGGUCUACUGUGUGCUAGGCGCUGGGUAGACCAGAUGUGUGCAGCUCCAUCCCUGGCUGUGAAGAGCUGUGAUUCCACGGAAGGAGUUGGUCAUUCACCUUGUUCCUUCCCAGGGGUCAGCUGAGUAGGAACGGGCUGGCAUUGAGCAGAAGGUUUUCCUGAAAAUGAAAGAAUUUGUUUUUUUAUUACUAUUAUUCAGACAUGAACUGUAGGUACUGAAGCCACAGUCUUCUCUGCUCACUGUCCUUUCUUCAGGCCUAGUCUAUGGCCUGAGGACUGUGUCAUUCACCACACUGGUAGGGGCGUCUCCAGGUGCAUGGAAGUGGGUGGCUCCUGAUGGCCAGUGGCUCUUCCUAGCUCUCCUGCCUGGGGACAUGUGUUGACACAACCCAGAACUGCAGCCACUGUUCUGUGAGCCAUCGUGGAGUAGUUGCAAAACCUUGGAGUUCUGGCCAUGGAGAACAUCCAGGCCAUCACUGUAACUCCAUGCCAAGCACCGGGCAGGUCACCAGUGCUGGAAUAUUCUCCCUCCUUUAGUUUAAUUCUCACAGCAAUCCUGUGAGGUGGCUAGGGUAACCCUGUUUGGGAAGUGAGGACGUUGAGGUACAAAGAGUGAGAUUACAUGCCCAGCCUCAUCCAAAGAGGGACAAAUUAGGAUUCCAGUCCAGGGAUUUGUCUCCCCAGUGCCCAUGGCUUUUCCUCUGCCAUCGCAGUGAAACAGGCAUGGGGCUCCCAGGAAUCAGGUGACCCUCUUUGAAUCCAAGUUUCUCCUGCCUCCACCCUGGUGGCGUAGUGGUUAAAAGCCUCACUGCUAGGCAAAAGAUCAGCACUUCGAAUCCACCAGCCGCUCCUUAGAAACUCUACGGGGCAGUUCUACUCUGUCCUAUAGGGUCCCUGUGAGUCGGACUCAAUAGCAAUGACUUCUUACCACCCUAUGGUCACACAUGUCCAAAACCCAAACCAAACCUGUUGCCAUCGAGUCGAUUUCAAUUUAUAGCAACCCAAUAGGACAGAGUAGAAUGCCCCAUAGGAUUUCCAAGGAGCUACUACGAACUGCCGACCUUUUGGUUAGCAGCCAAGCUCUUAGCCAAUGGGCCACCGGGGCUCCUCACACGUCAGUAGGUAGAAAAUCACAGCCCAAAGGGCCAGCAAGGGUGGUUUUUCCUUUUUUCCCCACCCCUGCUUACCACCUUGUGGCGACUACUUUAUCUUCCAUCCUAGGGCAAGAAUACAGCUUGUCUUGCCACCAAAUCUUAGAAAGUCUGCACAUUAGGACCACCAUUGGGUAAAAUAGGCCUUUGCUCAUCUCUCUUUGCUGUUUGAUGAGCUUACGUCCUCACAGGCUAUGACGGGUAGAGCUGGGCUCCCGCUCAAACCACUUCUAGUCCCCCUACCCUAGUGGGGAAUUUCUAGAGCCCUUAUUAGGCUUUCAAUAGUCAUUUUAAAUUUCCAUGUAAUCAAUCUUUUAAGGCAAAGUUUUUGGCGUUAAGACAUUUCUGAACACACCGGGGAGUUCAUUACCAGGCGGAACGUGGGAAAACAGACUUGGCACAUUAAAGGCAGAUGCUGACUACAAGGUUUG